AUGCCUACAUUUGAAACAUCACUUGUGAUUAGCAUUUGCAAAACAGUAUUAAUUUGUUGUUUAACCUUAUAUGUGGCUACAAUUAUCUUUCUCAAUGAGUGUCCAUCUUAUCAUCUUUUCUCUUCCUCAAAAUUCAUAACAUCUUUUCCAAAUAAUUCUCAAUCAAAUACAUCAUCAUCAUCAAAUCAUGUUGUACAAAUCAGUAUUAGUGUGCCUACUAACAUUAGUCACCUUGUUUUUGGACUUUUAGGGUCAGAAGAAGCAUGGCAUCAUAGAAAACCAUAUAUUGAAUCAUGGUGGAGACCAAAUGUUACAAAAGGACAUCUUUUACUAGAUGUACCUCCACAAGGUGAAGAUCUUCUACCAUGGUCCUUAAAUUCACCUCCUUAUCGAGUAUCCGAUGAUGUACCAAGACUCGUGAAUGAAACAAAUCAUGUUGAUCCAAGAGUUUUAAGAAUGGUACAUGGAAUUAUGGAGGUGGUUAGAGAGGCACAUGAAGGGGUACGAUGGGUAGUUAUGGGGGACGAUGAUUCAAUAUUUUUUGUGGAUAAUAUGGUUGAUAUUCUCUCACAAUAUGAUCAUACAAAAUAUUAUUAUUUUGGAGGACACUCGGAAUUUAUAAUGGCUAAUUAUUUUUUCUCAUUUCAUCAAGCAUUUGGUGGUGCUGGAAUUAUAUUGAGUUAUCCUUUGGCUAGAGCAUUUGCAAAUAAUGUGAUUGCUUGUUUAAAGAGAUAUGCUUACUUUAGAUCUGCUGAUAGAACUACAAUGAGUUGCACAGCUGAUAUUGGAGUCAAUCUUUCUCCUCUUAUGGGUAGUCAUCAGAUUGAUCUACGAGGUGAUCUAUCAGGAUUUCUAUCAUCCCAUCCAAAAUCUUUAUUAAUAUCCCUUCACCAUUUCGACACGGUUGACCCAAUUUUUCCCUCUAUGGAUCGUGCACAAUCGGGAUAUCAUCUCCUAAAUGCUGCAAAAUAUGAUCAAUCGCGAAUGUUGCAACAAACUAUUUGCUACAAAAGAUCCAACAAUUGGACACUUUCAAUUUCAUGGGGAUAUUCAGCUCAUAUUUAUGAGAAUACUAUGCCUAGAAGUUUGAUACAAAAUCCUAUUGAAACAUUCAAACCAUGGGGUAACAUUACACUUCCACCACAUUAUAUUUUUGAUACUAGAAAUUUUUCUUGGGAUCCUUGUGAAACCCCUCAUAUGUAUUUCUUCCAGUCUAUUGAGAAAACUCCACAAAACAAAAUUCUUACAAAAUAUAUCAGAGCAUGGCCUCGAGGGAUAGGAGUUUGUUUGUAUCCUGGAAGUUAUCCUGCAGAGUAUGUUAAUGAAAUUCAUGUCUACUCACCAGCAACAAAACGUCUCCAGAUCAAUAGAUGUGAAUGUUGUGAUGUAAUUCAUAAGGCUGGAUCAUUUAAGGCUGCUGUUAGGUACAGAGAGUGUAAGCUAGAUGAGAUAAUAGCUUGAUCUUGAUGUAUACAAAUUUUUAUUGAUUUUGUUUAAUUAUCAUUG